AUGAGUCGUGAGUUGAAGGUAUGUGGUGAUCCCGAAGUCGAGUUGUACAAUGACGUAGCUACUUUAGCUAAGGAUGUUAAAGCAAUGCUUCCAUUAUGGAGGGAUCUCAUGAUUGCUGUCCAUCCCGCUGCAGGUUACUCGUAUCCUACCUUGUCUUGGCUCACCGAACAAUUUCGUGGAGCUACGAGAGGUUUGUUCGUUGUCAACCCGGUUAAGUCCAUAGAAGAUACUGUUACUGUGACAGCUGCCGUUUUUGUUAUGAACACGGCUGAGACUGCUCGUGAGGUGCACCAAUGGUUCAACGACGAUGUGAAGGGAGAGCGUUCCGUUAUUGUGAGCAGCUUUCCUGCAAGCAGCACCAAACCAUUGUCUCCAGUUACAGACAGACGGAGCAGGCAUACUGUGUCACUUCCCCGUGUUGAAAGCUUCUCUCCAAGCUGUGAUUCUAUCACUACUGCUGACACCCAUGAUUCCGAUUAUGCUCCACUCGAGCAGUUGGUCCAGAUCGACAAAGUUUUCCCUCUGCAAAAUGGGAGGACCGGUGUAUGUGGCAGCAUGACCUUGACGGAUGUGAAGUCCCUCCUACCUCAAGAUGAAGAGGAUUGCAGGGGUCGAGUUCUCUUGGUCAAGCGCUGCCAUAAGCUUGGUUUAUCAUCGAGCGUCUUGCUCAAGGAUUAUUUCGAUAAACUAGUCGAUAAAAAAGAUGCGGUCACUAUGGUGCUCAUGCUGCCUUUAAAGUCUCGUUAUAACGCCAGAAGUUCCAGACCGUUACCGCCGAAGACAGGUUUUGUCGUCUUCUCGGACCCCGCCGAUGCAUUGAUUGCUCGUGCCUAUGGAAGUCUCCAGCAUGUUUUACGAGAUGUCGAAAUCAAGGUCGAGACUUAUGAUCGUGUAUGA